AAAAUCGUUGUAUUUUUGGAACACUAAUAAAAAAACUAAACAUUUUACUACUAUAUAUAAGAGGGUAGGAUCUGUCCUUGCUUCUAAUUUCUUUAGGUUUGUUGUACAUCCUCUUCCUGUGAUUAAUCUAUUCUUUCAGCUUUUCCUCUCCGUUGAUUUAUCAGAAUAAAUACGAUUUCAGGUCUUCUUCGUCAAACAUCGUUCACCUGCCUAGCGAGUUGGGAGUAUCCAGAUCAUUUCGUAAUGAACCCGAUCCGCAAACUCUCAUCCACCUUUCUCAAAAACCCACUCAUAAACCCCACCUCCUCUGCCGCCGUCUGCCGCCGGUUAUCGACCAAAAGCGGCAACGACGAGUGGAACGACGCAUGGGAAGCUGCGUGGCUUCCCGACGAUCUUUGUGGGAAGAAUCGAGCUCCAUGGGAAGCCGACGUAAAUUUUGCACUUCCAGACGACACCAGCAACACUCCCGAAAAUGCCCAAAUUGAGCCUAGGGUUCCGGAAGUUGAUGCGGAAACUAAAGCCUUUGUGGAGGACAUGAAUGAGAAUUGGCACUUAAGAAAGGGGAAGCAGCAGAAAAAUGGCAUAAAUAUGAACGAAAAUGAAAGUUCGCUUUAUAGUUUGGAGAAUAUAAAGAAGGAUUAUAGGUUGAAGAAGCAGAGAGUACAUGCGGGUUUGUGGUUGAAGGAGAUUGAGAAGAUGGAAGAGGCUAAGCUAGGAGAUUCUAUUGGUGGUAGCGGAAAUGCUGAUGAUAUUGAAAAGCUUCUCGAUAGCUGCUCAGAGAUUUUUGAUUCACCUAAUGAUGAUUCAAGCAAUUCAAGAACGACUUCUGAGUUCAAAAAUAAACCUGAGGGCUGGGAAACAACUUCAAAAACACAAGAUGGGAAUAUAUGGGAGAUGUCACAAAGAGAAGAAGAUAUCUUGGUCCAAGAAUUUGAACGCCGAAUUGCAUUCAACAAAUUCCAGAUUGCCAGUUUUAUUAAAACCCAUAUAUUUAGUCGUCGGAGGCCUAUAGAUGGCUGGAAGUAUAUGAUAGAGGAAAUCGGUCCAAAUGCCAGAAAAGGGAAGGGAAGUGUUUCAAGGUUACCUAGCAUAGCAGAUGCAACAACUCGGCCUUUCAGGGAGGAAGAAACAUCGCCUGACGCUACUUUCCCCUCUAAUAGGGGGAUGACUGGAAGGAGGUAGCAUUUUGUAAAUUCAUCUUAGAACAGAUUGACCAUGUUGUAAAAUUAGUAUUGAACUUGUAAGUUCUGUUGAAUUUACAGAAUUUUCCAUCGGCCCUUACUUAUCUUGUUUUCGAUAGAGUUAGGUUGUUUUCGAUAGACCUUCAGCUCAAAUAAUUAAUUGUAAUAUAACUUAGUUGAACUGUUUGCAUUAACUAAAACAUGGCAACACUAAAGAGGAACUGCUCCAUUAUAUAAGGAACAUGCGACUCUUUGAAGUUGAAUCUAAAAGCGCUGACACCUUUUAUUUA